AAUCAAAGUUGAAGGAGAAAAAAGCAUUCGCUCUGAAGCGGUAAUGUCGCUCAAGCACAUUAACUACUAAAAGAGAUCAACUUGUAGAAACGCACAGUGGACACCUAUAAUAUUUGUUCAAAAUUUAGCUAAACUAGUGCAACAAUCAUGUGGAUUAGAGGGCCGUUGAACUAUGUUUGUAGACGUUUUGACAGCAAAAGGAGCUGGUUUAAGGGACUGUGUACCUGUCUUACAGAAAAUGGCAGUGUCCCAGCCUUACCAAAAGCCAAUAGACUCACUGUGCUCCAAGCUGUGGAUUUAUGGACCAAGACGUUUGAACAGAGAGAUGUGUCAGAGCCACAGCUCUCUAGUCAGCACAUCAUUUCACAUCUGCUUGGUGCUAAAACACUAGAGAGCCUUGGAAAGGACAGGUUGGGCGAGUUACUGACACAAGAGCAAACAGCACAGAUAUGGGAUCUCUGCAACAAACGACUUACCAGAAUGCCCGUACAGUAUGUGAUUGAAGAAUGGGACUUCAGAGAUCUGACAUUGAAGAUGAGGCCCCCUGUAUUCAUCCCCAGACCGGAAACUGAGGAGCUGGUUGGCCUGGUACUUGCAGAUUUCCAGAAGGGCCAUAUGACUGGAGUCAGUGCGAAGGCUGGUUAUCGGUGCCUCGAAGUAGGUUGUGGUUCUGGAGCAAUUUCCCUUAGUCUACUGAAGAGCCUUCCGCAGGUCAGAGCAUUUGCUUUGGAUCAAAGCCAGGAUGCAGUGAGCUUGACGCGAGAGAACGCACACUGUUUGGGCCUAAGUGGUCGACUUGAGGUUUAUCAUAUGGAUGUUAUGAAGGAUGCAGUAGUAAACCUGUGCAGGCCUGUCUCAGCUUUGAUCAGCAAUCCACCUUAUCUGUUCUCAGAGGAUAUGACAUCACUUGAACCGGAAAUCCUUAGGUUUGAGGAUCAAGCUGCCCUGGACGGGGGGAGAGAUGGGAUGCAGGUGAUCCGACACAUUUUAGCUAUAGCUCCUAAACUCCUGUCAAACCAUGGGCGUGUGUACUUGGAGGUAGACCCACGGCACCCAGCACUCAUCCAGCGAUGGGUCGAGGAGAACGUUCACGGGCUGCAGUACGUGAGCACACAACCUGACAUCACCAACAGGCCGAGAUUUUGCAUCUUACAAAAGGAGGAGGGUAGCGCUGGACUGAAGAAGGAGCAGGGUUGAGGGACUGAGAUUCCGAUCCUGUUACACUGGCAUCAAGCCAGAUGGCUACAGCCUAAAUUUCAAACACCCCACACGCAGACACACGCACGCACGGAUACAUGAAUGGGCUUAUUCACAUAUUUUGUAUACAUGCCUUGACGACACA